AUGUCGGCCAGCGCCUCUCCCCCACCGACUACGCCGGGGCUCUCGGACGUAUCGGAUUCUCACGCUGACGCUCUCGAUGCAUCUGACAGUGGCACACCUUGGACCUUUCCUCCUCGCUCGGGAUACAUACAACCUACUGCUCAGACUACGACACCGCCGAACCGCUCGACUGUCAUGCCUCAAGAUACGCCUAUCCACUACAAGUCCAUCGCGGCGAAGGUUCACGCCGCGGCCAAUAGCGUUGUACGCGACAAAGAGUACAUUGAGAUUGGCCGCGACAUGUACGAGCACAUCGUCGGCCCUGUUCCCGCGAACGUGAUUCUCAGCGACGUAAUGACGGUUCAGUCCGAGGUUGCAAGCGUCCAGUUGCGCCGAAUUGGGAAGAUCAAGAAGGAGAAGGAUCUGGUCCGGUUCUUCAAGGCAAACUCGUCCGCGUUUCCGUCUUUGAGACUUCGCGACUCGCACAAGAAGUCGACGCGCACGCCAUACUCGGACACGCUGCGUCUACCGGACUGGAUGCUCUGCACCUCCGACGGCAAGAUGGAGGUUCCUGGCGAGCUCAAGCCGCGCGUCUCGGAUGACCCGUUCUGUGACCCUCCGACGGGUGCCGACGGCGACGCUGACAGAAGCAAUCACCUCUUCCUCAAGGAGACGGAGGCUGCUAUGAUGAUCGUCGGACAGCUCGUCGCAUAUGCCGCCUUGAUGUUCGAGGUGCAGCCGCGCACGCACGCGUACUCCUUUUUCGUCUGUGGACAGACGGGAAGGCUUCUACGCUGGGAUCGCGCUGGCUGCAUCGUCUCCGAGUCGUUCGAUAUCAGCGGCGCCGAUAACUAUCUCUCGCAGUUCUUCCUCCGUUACCACCUCAUGAACUCGGAGGAACGCGGCCACGACCCCUCAGUCAGGUUUGACGUCAGCGACGCGGAGAAGGCGAAGGCGAAGGAGCUCUUUGGGCAGGAGGAGGGCGUUCUCGAAGGCGAGUGCGACGAGGAGAACUUCCGACGUGUUAUCUUCCCGGACGACUCUGCGAAGGACGGUCAAGGCGUUCCGCUCUUACGGCAGUUCAUCGUUACGAAGCCGCGCUACUUCUCUGAGAGCGUCGAGGGCGCGGCGACUCGUGGUGCGAUGGCGAUGUACAUCGACGGCCCGGUCGCCACUUGGAAGGUCACGUACUUGAAGGACACGCAUCGCUAUGAUGGCCUCGACGAUGGGUGCACGCUUGAGAAGGAGGGCGAGACCUACGAGAGGCUACACGCCGCCGGAGUCCGAGCGAUCCCAGAGCAUGUAUGUUCGGGCGACGCGCUGGGCAGUUUCCAACGCACGCUCACCGAUCGCUACCUCCGGUAUGCCUGCGCCGGUGUCACGCUCUUUGGACGCCGGCACUACUAUACUGCCCUCGGAGAAAUCGGCAGACCUCUCACCAUGUUCACAUCGAUGAAGCAACUGGUCUCAGUUAUGAUGGAUGUCAUUGCUGCACAUAUGGAUGCGUACACGAAGGCGAAGAUCCUGCAUCGCGAUAUAUCGCCGUCGAACAUACUCAUCACCAAGAAUGGGGGGAUGUUGAUUGACUGGCAGUUCGCUAAGGAGGUCCAAACCGACGACGACCGUCGUCCUCGUAUGGAAUGGAGAGUGGGGACGUGGCAGUUCUAUUCGUAUGCGCUCCACAGUCAGGACAGCAAGCCGACACACGACCUCCGCGAUGAUUUAGAGUCCUUCAUGUGGGUUUUCUUGUAUAUGCUUGUGCGUUACCGUCCUUUGAAUCUGGACCCGACUACCACCUUGUGGUAUUUGUUCACAACAUUCGACGUCUCCUUAUCAUACACCACCGGCGAAGGGGCAGGACGCACACGCUACUAUGGCGGAGACAAGAAACUUGGAUUUCUGCGGCAGGACAAGAAUAGCUUUGGUCGUCAUCAAAUCUAUACGACCCUUCCCGUACCGGUUCGCGCCCUUGUCGGCGCUCUUCAGGAUCUCUUCGGGCCGCUCUAUCCGAUUGGUAGCGCCGAGAUAGAAGUUCCUGAGCGCGCGGCUCCUUUACCGGUGCAGCAGAAGAUCAAGGUUCCGAAGGAGGUAUACCGCGGCAAGGGGUACACCGCUCGUGAAAUUGAGUUCGCCAAGGCAGAGUGGAUUCGGACGCACGCUCAGGACUUGCAAGUUGCCACGCAGAUCACAACCCCGGCCCCGCCUCCCGUGCAAGUGAAGCCACCGCCCAUUGACUACACGCCUGUGGAGACGCAUGAAAAGAUCCACGGCUUAUUUGAGGACGCUAGGGAGUCCGAGGAAUGGGAUUACGGUUACGACGGAGAGGCAGAAGACCAGGUUCCCAAACUUCAGCGAGCGUUCAUAAAGAUGCAGCCCAACGCUGCGCAGGUAGCGCCGACGGAUCUGAGCAGUCAGCGCAGCUCUCGUAGGAGCAGCAAGCUGAAACGUGCGGCCGAGACUAACAGUGCGGACGAGCCGAGCUCCAAGAAGAGGAAGACCGAUUCGCCCUCCACGACCUCACUGGUCACACGCAGCUCUACCCUUGCAUACGAAGCGAUGGAUAAACUGCCGAUCUCCGCAGAGAAAGACAACGACGUGGGACAGGAUAUGAAGGACUUCGCCGCCCAGUUGCGCGCCAAGUUGAAGGAGGAUGAGGAGGUCGAGAAGGCGGGGAAUAAGGUCUGGCAGGCUUACAGGUACCCCGAUCUCACACCUCCAUCCUCUGAUGGGGAAGAGCAUGUUGCUAGCGCGGUGGAACAGCAGGAGGAGGAGGAGGGGAACGAUGAUUCGGACAGCGACGACGAAGACUUUCACCCUUGA